AUGGGAUCGUCACUCUUAGCUCGGCCGGUCCUCCUGGCUGUCCUUCUCUUGUCGCUGGCCGCGCAUUCACACACGCAGACGACGUACGACUCAUUUCUCGACCAAAUCGAGAGCGUUCUUAACGGGUCCACGCCCCUCGGCAAGGUUGACUCCAUCUUGUUCACGCAGGCCAAUCAGUACAACCUGUACCUCAGCAACAAAGCUGGCGCUAAUUCCGCCUCCCCCGCAUCCGCCUUCCGGAGCGCCUCCGCCUCUAGCACCACGGGCACUGGUGGAGAUCCGGGCGGCACUGGCGGCACCGGCGGCGGCACUGGCGGGGGUAGUGGGGGUGGCAGCGGCGGGGGCAGUGGCGGGGGAAGUGGCGGAGGCAGCGGCGGCAGCGGCAGCAACCUAGGCCCGUUCUUACGCUUCAUCCUUUCCCUCAUUCGCUCUGUGUCCAAGUCCAACGCGCCCCCGCUCAAACUCCUUCAACAGAGCGUGCAAUGGCUCAGCACCAACGCGACCGUGAUCAAAUCAAAUAUCGCGAAGCUGAACUCGAUUCUCAAGCUGCUUCGGCAGCCGACCCUCGCGAAAGCGCUGGGAUCCAUGCGCCGCGCGUUCUUCGUUUCGCCUGGCGCGAAGGUCGCGCUGGAAGCGGAGGGAAUCACUCAGCUCGCAGCCGCCCAGAGCGGCGUGCCUGAUACGGUGCCGAAAUCCGGGGAUCAGGUUGCGGAUCCGAAUGGUCCGAGCAAUCCGAGCAAUCCGAGCGAUCCGGGUGGUCCGAGCGUUCCGAGCGAUCCAAGCAGUCCGAGCGUUCCGAGCGAUCCGAACGCGAGUCAGAGUAACGACCAGGUUUCUGCCAAAGGUUACACGGCGCAGAGUUACGGGGCUGUUACUGUGCAAAGCGACGAUGAUGGGGAAGGCGAUGGGAGACCGCGAGGCGGGAGGCAGUAUCGGAUUGAGAGUGACGAUGACGACCAUGAGGACGAUGACGAGGAUGUGUGUGUGGAGCCGACGGGGCGAGUGAGAAUCAUCAAAUACAC